AUGGAGGAACCUGUGGUGCGACCUUCGGUGUUCGUGGUGGAUGGACAGACGGACGUCCCUUUUCGGAGACUGGAAGCCAGCGGCCGCAAAGCCUCGUGCAGUGCCACCCGCCUGGGUCUGGGCCUCCUGCUGGGCCUGCUGGUGGCCGGUCUGGUGGUCCAGGGCUACUUCUUGCUUCAGCUGUACUGGCGGGUGGGAGAAAUGGCCUCGCCUCUGUCGGAUCAAGAGACAGGAUCUGAGGAGAAAUGGUUCCACGAACGCAGCUCUAUGGAUUACAAGCCGGUUGCGCACCUUAUAGGUACAAACUUCAGCCUGCAGAAUGCUAAGAGCCCCCUGCUGUGGGACACAAAUCAGGGUAUGGCCUUCAUGCGAGGCUUCUACUACAAGGCGGGCUCGCUGAUCGUCCGCAGAACUGGCUACUAUUAUGUCUACUCCCAAGUGCAGUUGGCCAACCGGGGUUGCCCCAAGGCUGGCUACUCCUUCUCCCACGGCAUCUACCUGCGCUCCUCCACCUACCCCGAAGUGGAACUGGGGUUACUCAAGGGCCGGAACACGCCAUGCGAGUUGCUGGAUGGCAGGCAGGAGUUGUGGUUCGACACGAGCUCGCUGGGCGGGCUGGUCUUCCUGCAGGCCAAAGAUGAGGUGCUAGUCCGUCUGCUCGACAUAAGCAUAAUUAGGGUUCGAGAGGAAAUGCAGUCAUACUUCGGGGCCUUCAUGGUGUGA